AUGUCCAGCUCUCUUUCAUUUGUCAUCAUUCUAUGCUGUCUGACAGCCACCGUACUUCCGUCACGACUCUGCGGUGUUGUGCUUGUCCACAAACUUGGAAGAAUGUGCAAAAUCACAACGGAAGAAAAAUGUUCGACACUGAGUUACGAUGACGUCGACAUCCCACUCAUGGGUGAGUUCUUCCUCUAUUAA